CACGUGCGUUGUUUAUCAACAUAAACAAACAUUAUUAUCAUGCCUAAAGCUCCAAAAUUAAAUGUAUCGGGCAAUAAAGCGAUACAUCCAAACAGCAGAAAGGCAACAGUGUUCCAACGAGACCAAAAACAUAAAGCACGCAUUGACGGCAGCCGACAAGUCAAAUCGUUAAGACAAGAUGCAUCUUUGGACAAGUUUUUGUGGUUUCAGCAAAAUAUGGACGAAGAAAAAUUAGUAUUUAGUAAAAAGGAACUGACAGAUUUAGUGUUGAAAUACAUGGACAGAUUUGAGGAAGAAAUCGAACAAAUUUCCAUAGUCAAUUCAAUAGGGUGCAGAGCCAACUCUAAGAAUCAACACGCCUCUAGGUUGGAUUCUAUAAAAUUCACCCAGGAUAAAGAAGAAAACGAAUUUUCAUCCACUGGACUGGAGGUGCCUAACUUAAUGAAAAAGGGAAACGUUGAACUGUUUAAAGCCUGGGGAGGCGAAAUGAGAUAUUUUAGUAACAUUGUGAAAAUUAAGAUCAGUAAAAGAGAUGCCGAGAAAUUUGAACUUGAGAAAAGUGAAAAAGUUAUGGAAUAAUAAAUUACAAAUUGCGUUUAAUUUGUUUCUAAAACAUAGUUUCAUUUUAGCCUCUAUCAUGCAGUCUAUGUGCAUUAAGUUCACAUUUCAAUUCUUCCUCAACUUCCUCUGAAAACCUUCUAUCAAACUCCCAACAGAAUCAAAUCUAUUCAAUCAGAAUAAUGCUAAAUCAUGUCAAAUAUUUCUGGCACGAGAAAUAUAUACAAAUACAAAGUCUCCAACUGAACACUUGUCGCCAUUUUUAUUGUCAGUUAAUAUUUUUUAUACCACCAGAUUGAUAUCAAACAAAAAAUUCUUUUUAUCCAUCAUAACAUUUAAAGAAAGAUUGCCACCAAUUGGUGGUAAUAUUUCACCAGAAUGCUCGCAGCGCCAAUUGUAGGAUAAUUAUAAGGAGGUCAUUCUGUAAUGUCCUGGCGAUUUUAUUUCUACGAGAUUCCAUAAGUCAUAACUAUCUCCUUUGGCAUUUCUGUUUGAAAAAAUUAGGCAAUGGUUUGAAUCGAAUUGGUAAUUAUUGGCAGAUGGCAAGUUAAUGUCCGCUUCCAGCUAACUGAUAUCACAGACUAGGUAGUUGUUGGUAGUUGACAAGUUAACACCUGCUUCCAGCUAACUGGUACCACAGACUAGGUAGUUGUUGGUAGAUAACAAGUUAAUGUACUACCAGGAAUCCACCUCGUGGUGUUACCAAAUAGAAUAUAUUCAUAUCAUAGAUUUACGCUUUGAUAAAUCUCAUGACUUUUACUAACUGUAUAUAUUAUACAUGAUAUGGUAAACAACACUGGUGGAAAUGCUUUUUGUCUUUGAUAUUUUUUAUCAUUUGAAUAAAAGGUUAUGCUAAAGU